GACUAGCUGCCCCAAAACGACAUAAAUUAUUCGUAUUUCAGCUAAAUAGAACAUCGGAUCUGUUUAAUAAAGUCAACUUUUAUUUACCAUUAUGAGCUGGAACUUUUUCAGUAGAUUUACUGGGGCUUCUCCAAAGAAGACUGUGCUAACUAGAGAGGAGGAAAAGGAUUUUGAAACUGAAGUGAAUAAAAUUGAAGUGUUGGAUGAAGCCACCAAACGCUUGUACAAGGAUAUGCGAAAGUGUAUUGAAGCGAUGACCUCGCUGUCUAAGCACCAGUGUCGAGUGGCUCACAACCUAGCUGCUAGUCCCAUCCUCAACACAGAAUCCGACCUCAACUCCUUAGAGGGCAUCAGUACUUCCAUCAGCAAGAUAGAUGAACUCACACAUGAACUGAACCUCAGUGCUACUAGAACCAUGGUCGAGCCCAUGAAGAAGUUUAGUGGGAUCUUUCCGGGGAUCUACGUAGCCCUGAAGAAGCGGGAACAGAUCCUCCAGGAGUACAGUCGGUGCCAGAGCAAGUUGGAGAAGUACCAGGACAAGGAGAGGACCGGUCCCAACCUUGCCAAAUUAGAACAGAGUAAAAAGACCCUGGAAGCAGCCAAAGAGGAAUAUGAAAAGGUCCAUCAGGAACUUAUGGAUGGGAUGCCAAAUUUCUUUGAAGCCAGGAUAAAUUACUUUCAGCCAUGUUUUGAAGCUCUUAUCAAAGCCCAGGUCCAGUACUACACGGAAUGCUUCAAGAUAUACGUGGAGAUCGCAGCGUCGUUGGAGCACAACGAGACAGUACAGAGCGAUGACGACUUUGAAGAGGAGCUUCAUGCUAAGCUAAACGACAUACGAGCUCUAUCCAUCGUUGUGGAUGACUAACCCUUCUCUUGCCUGCCCAAUCCUGCGUCCAUCCCUGCUGCUAGCUACUUAGUAUACCCACAGAAGUUGGUUUGCAUUAUAAAGGUAUUAAUUGUCUUGGAUUUUCCAAAGUUUUAUGUAUUCUAAUUUUUUAUCUAGACUAUGUCACCCAUGUAUUUUGGUUUGCUUUGAUUUGAUUUGAUUCAUUCCCCCCCCCUCCAAAAAAAAAAUACUGUAUCUUCGGUCACCAGCCAAGGUUAGGAAAACCCAUUUAAGAUGGCGUCCCAGAAAUAAAAUGAUAUGAAUAUAUUGAUGGCAUUAAACAAGAACUAAAUCCAUAUUCUGAACACUGGGAAGCCAAAGACAUCCAAACUUUUUUCAUGCUUUUUUUUUAAUGUUUGCAUUCUAUUUUCGUGCAUCAAUGGUGAAAAUUGCUGUAGUUGUCAUUGCUUCUUUGUCAUAUUAACAAAAAAAAAUGUUCUACUUUAAAUCAAGGUGAAACUUUAACCUGUGUAUAGACAUUCAAUUCAAUUCAGAUUCCCUAAGACUUAUUGUUAGAUUUGAAUUAAAGUGAUAUUACCCCAUCGAUGCUGAAUUUCUAUUGUGAAAAGUUCGAUUCUCACUGUCAUAAUAACCUGCUCAAUUCACUGUUAGUAAUUUGAAAUAAAUCUUGUGAACUUUUCCCUGAACAUUAUUCAAUAAUUGAUUUAAUAUGGGUUCAUUGUUAUUCGAUGCUGUAG